AUGGAAAAUUUAUCAACUGAACAAUUGCAAAAUUUUAAUACUGCAGCACACUGUCACAUAUGUGAAAGACCGUUUGCACAAGAUGACAAACGGGUACGCGAUCAUUGUCAUUUGACCGGUCGGUACAGAGGCCCCGCACAUUCAAAUCACAAUCUAAAUUAUAAAGACGCAUUUGUCAUCCCCGUGGUUUUUCACAAUUUAUCCGGUUAUGAUUCACAUUUUAUUAUCAAGGAGAUAGCCACGGCAUUUGAGGGCGACGUCACUGUAUUGCCGAUAACAAAAGAGAAGUACAUUUCAUUUACAAAAUACAUUGAAUGCACGGAUGAAGAAUGGAACUCGCGCAAGCGCAUAAAAUUGCAAUUCAUCGAUUCGUUUAAAUUUUUAAAUACAAGUCUCGAGAAAUUGGCAUCUUUUCUUAGUAAAGAUAAACUUCAAAUUACACGGUCUGAGUUUCAAAAAUUAUCUACGGAAGAUUUUGAUUUAUUGACACGGAAAGGGGUGUUCCCGUACGAGUACAUUGACUGUGUCGAAAAGUUGGAGCAAUCAUGUUUGCCAUCGCGCAAUUCAUUUUACAGUUCCUUGACUGGCGAUACAGUAUCCGAAAAUGACUACGAACACGCCGUCAACGUGUGGACGCGGUUCUCCAUUCAAACGCUCGGCGAGUAUAGCGAUUUGUAUCUAAAGACUGAUGUCUUGCUGUUGGCAGAUAUUUUUGAAAAUUUUCGCAAUAGUUGCGUCACAAGUUACGGACUCGAUCCCGCGCACUAUUAUACUCUGCCAGGUUUUACGUGGGAUGCCAUGCUGAAGCAUACACGUAUCAAUUUCGAACUUCUUACCGAUAUCGACAUGGUCCUAUUCAUCGAACGUGGUAUACGCGGUGGUUUAAGUCAAUGUUCCAACAGACGCGCACGAGCCAACAACAAGUACAUGCAGUCGUACGAUGCAUCGCAACCGUCGUCAUAUUUAAUGUAUUUCGAUGUAAAUAAUUUGUACGGCUGGGCAAUGUGUCAACCAUUGCCAUACGCCAAUUUUCAGUGGGUCAACAACAAAGAUAUAGAUGUAAUGGCCAUAGCGUUAGACUCAACGAUGGGGUAUAUUUUGGAAGUCGAUCUGGAGUAUCCACAACAUCUGCAUGAUGCACACACAGAUUUACCGUUCUGCCCAACGCGCGAUAAACCGCCCGGCAAGCGCCAGGAAAAGCUCCUCGCAACUCUAUACGAUAAGAAUCGUUACGUAAUACAUUACCGCAAUCUGCAGCAAUGUAUUCGUCACGGCCUUCGCGUAACUGAAGUUCACCGCGUAUUACAGUUUUCACAAUCGCCAUGGCUUCGCGAUUACAUCGAACUAAAUACAAAGUUUAGAACUCUUGCCACAAAUGAUUUUGAGAAAAAUUUAUACAAGUUAAUGAACAAUGCAGUGUUUGGUAAAACUAUGGAGAAUGUGCGCAAUCAUGUAGAUGUAAAAUUAGUAACAAAAUGGGAAGGGAGAUAUGGUGCGGCGGCAUUGAUCGCUAAACCAAAUUUUCACAGUCGCAGCAUAUUUUCGGAAAACUUAGUUGCAAUCGAGCUGCGCAAACUGUCCGUAAAAUUGAACAAACCAAUCUAUGUGGGUAUGUGUAUACUAGAUAUAUCUAAGGUUUGUUUGUAUGAAUUCCAUCACGACUACAUGUUACCCACACAUAGCGAUAAAUGUAAAAUGAUGUAUACCGAUACAGACAGUUUAAUUUAUCACAUCGAGUGUGACAAUAUUUAUGAACUUAUGAUACGAGACAUUGCUCGAUUUGACACGAGCGAUUAUCCAUCAGAUAAUCGAUAUGGUAUUCCGCUUGUCAAUAAGAAGAUACCAGGUUUAAUGAAAGACGAAAAUAAUGGUGCGAUUAUGACCGAAUUUGUUGGACUGAGAGCAAAGAUGUACGCCAUGCAAGUCGAUGGCAAGAACGAUACGAAGAAGGUGAAAGGUGUCAAGAGUAAUGUUGUAGCACGAACUAUAACAUACGAUGAUUAUGUGCAAUGUUUGAUGGGCGAGGUUGAAAAGAUUUGCCACCAAUCGUGUAUAAGAUCCACGUUGCAUGAAGUGUACACGAUAUCAGAAACAAAAAUUGCUCUGAGUCCACACGACGACAAACGAUAUAUUGUACCAUAUUCAACCGAGACCUUACCAUGGGGGCAUUAUAAAAUACCGUCUUAG